AUGUCGACACCGGAAGAAAGUAAUGCGCUUGAACAGCUAAGUUCCCUAGAGCGUGUGGUGGUUCGUGAAAAGACGGCAGAUUAUCCUAACUGCAAGUAUGUGGUGACAAGCAGUGAGGGCGUGGUGUUGCUUUACGCCAAGGAAGACUGUGGUAUUGUUAACAAGGUUCUAGCAGGAAAGACUAGGACGUUCCAGAUUGAUGUCUUCGACACAAGCGAUAGAGAGGUGAUGAAACUUCGCCGUCCCUACAGCGUGGGUCAGGACAAAAUGGAUGUAAGUGUUUGCGGUCAGCUCGCUGCCAUCGUCCGUAAAGAGGUGACCUUCUUCAAGCCCGUUCUCACCAUAAACGACACAAACGAUCGACAGGUCAUCAGGGUCAAGGGCCCCGUCUCUACUACUUCUCAAUGUGAUUUUGAGUUGUAUUCCAAUGAGAAGAAAUGUAUUGGUGCCAUUUGCAAACGCUGGAACGGUGUAACUCGCGGUCAUGGUGAUAGGGAUAACUUUGUCAUACACUUACCACAGAUGGAAGCUCCUUACAAAGCUGCUGUUUUAGGGACCUGCUUUCUCAUUGAUUUUCUGUACUACGAAAAUUAAAAGAUCACCACAGAUUGUCUUUGGGCGCCAUCUACUAGCAAAUGGAGGAACUGUGCUGAAACUACUGUUCGUGUGUUGAUUGCAACAGUUCACCUUUAUUUAUUUAUAUAAUGAUGUUAUUAUUAGCAAUAGAUGGCAGUGAAUUAUAAUAUUAUGUUAA